AUGCACUCCUCUAGCUCCUUAUUCCAGCGCUCCCCCUCGUGCUGCCUUCUUCCCACCCUUCCCCUUUUCCCCCUCCAUCCCCACUUUCGAACCUUCCGCCUUCCCCCCUCCAUCUUCCGCCCGCGCAUCCUCCGCGUAUCUCUUCCAUUCCCUCCCCCGCAGGCGUGGGAGCUCGCGUACGACCUGGCGGAGGGCACGCUCCGCCCGCCCGCGAAGAUCUCUCUUCCGCCAAACGUCCCCCCUCCGCCGCACCUGGAGGACUGCGCGGCGCGCACUGCGUUCCGCGAGUCGACGGAGAAGCGCGCGGCGAACGGGGAGUCGCCCAAAUGGUCCAACUCGUCCGAGGCGUGCGGAUGGGUGCCCCAGCCGCCUUGGGUCCGGGGGCCCGACGCGGGCAACCUGGCAGGAACGCGGAAGGCGCAGCGCGACCUGUGGGAGCUGCAGUUCCCGGCAUCAUGCAAGGAGCGGAAGCUGCUGCUGGUGGAGUGGCCGCCGGUGCAGGGGUACGGGCUGGGGUCGCAGCUGCACAUCAUGACGGCGCUCUUCAGCUUCGCUGUCAACUCCAACCGCACCUUCGUCAUCAAGCCCGACACCUACGUGCGCGCCAACCACUCCGAGUGCCAAGCCAUGGGCAAGGCGUCAACCUUCGAGUGCUACUUCUUCCCUAUGGUGUCCAAGGAGUGCGAGGACAUGGCCAUGGCGGAGCACAAGGCGGGGCGCAUCCCGCCGUGCCCGGACUUCCGCAGCCUGGAGGGCGCGCUCAAGUCCGACAGCCCUGUGGUGUGCGCCACCGACGAGGACUACAACCGCCUGCGCUUGCGCGGGGAUGCUGCCAGGGAGUGGGGUGACGCGUACCUGCAGCGGCCCAGUGUGGUGGAGCUCACAGGCUCCAUGCAGCCCGUCAACCCCGGGCAGCGCCAGGUGCACUGGUGGCGAGCCCAGGCGAUCCGCUUCAUGCUGCGCUGGCCCACGGCGUACAUGUGCCACAUCACCAACCGCGUGCGCCACAACGCGUAUGGCCAACAGAUAGCCAUCCACAUGGUCAAGGCGGCAGCGGAGCAAGAAGCCAUCAUUAAAGCCCUCAGGCCAGAUGACGCCCACAAGGGCCUCGCGAUCAACUACGGGCAGGAGAUCAACACGCUCUCACACAUGAAUUUCUCCGCACCGAACCUCGAGAAUGAGGUCUGGCCGGGCCUGGAGUACGCGGGGUGCUCCCUCGACAACCAUACGGAUCCCCAAGCGCCGAAGCACGCAGCUGAUUCACUGUAUGAGGGGGUGGGCGGGGAGCCGUAUAUCCCGCGGCCGAUAGUGAGCAUGCACGUGCGGCAAGGGGACAAGGCGGGCGAGAUGCGGCUCAUCUCGUUCCCCUCGUUCAUGUUCAUGGCCAACAGGCUCAGGCGGAGGAUACCGCACCUCAAAUACGUCUGGCUCUCCACUGAGAUGCAGAGUGUGGUGGACCAGUCACAGCAGUACAAGGACUGGGCGUUCCUCUACUCCACAAACCCCCGCCAGAACGGCACAACCUCCAUCUUUGAGUACGAGCAGACCGCAGGGGUAGCCAAGCUGGCAGGGAUCAGCCUGGCCAACCUGCUCAUCUCAUCGCAGGCGGAUUUCUUUGUGGGGGCGCUGGGAUCUAACUGGAACCGGCUGAUCAAUGAGCUCAAGGCCACCAGUGGGAGGGUGUAUGCCGGCUAUGCGUCGGUGAAUUUCGACGAGUGGUAG